AUGAAGCUGCUGAGAGUCCUCGUGCUGGUUGCCCUCCCUCUUUACUGCCUUGCAGGUUCUGGAUGCUUAUUCCUAGAACAAGUGGUUAACAAAACAAUCGAUUCUCAAGUGAGCAUAGAUGAAUACCAAAACUUCCUUCAACCUUUCACAUCUGAUCUUGAAACUAAAGAAGCCAUAGCAGAGCUGAAGCAAUGUUUUCUCCAGCAGUCGGAUGAAACUCUGAGCAAUUUUGCAUUGAUGAUGGUAACUAUGGUUUCUCCUGAUGUGCUUUCAAACCAGUGGACAGGGACGAGCAGGCUCUAG